UACUGAAUUCCAUGACGUUUUCCCAUUUUAUCCUUUCAGGUAUUCCCUUCCACAUACUGAACAAAGAUCAUUAUGGAGCCAUGUUGUAUCCCCCUGAGUCUCAUCAUCCAUUGAAAGAAGAAGUAGAACAGAUGUUACAUACUAAACUAGAAACUAUGUUGGAAGAUUACACUCCGAUGGCGACGUCACCUUACAUCACAUUACCAGAGGAGAAACCAGCAAAUAAGAUGGGUUUUGAUGAGAUUUAUCUUGUCAAUCUUGAGAGGAGACCUAGUAGAAGACUUCGCAUGCAAGCAGCUCUUAAACUACUAAGAAUUGAUUUCAAACUUUGGAAUGCUGUAGAUGGCAAGCUAUUAUCACCUGAUAUGCUGAGAGAGAUGGGUAUUGAUAUGUUACCAGGCUACGCUGAUCCUUACUGGGGAAGAGUACUCACCAAGGGAGAGAUUGGUUGCUUUCUAAGCCAUUACAACAUAUGGAAAGAUGUUGUGGAGAGAAACCUCUCACGAAUCCUGAUUUUCGAAGAUGAUAUAAGAUUUGGUGCUCGUUUUAAACCCCGUAUGGCAAAUAUCAUGGCUGAAGUUGCAGCAAGGAAACUAGAGUGGGAUCUCAUAUAUGUUGGACGUAAGAUCCUAAAUAUGAAGGGAGAGAAGUUCUUGGAGGGGUCAAGCCAGAUUGUGAAGCCGAGCUACUCCUAUUGGACGUUGAGCUACAUGCUAACACAAGAGGGCGCUAAGAAGUUAUUAGCUCAGGAGCCACUCGGGAAGAUGGUUCCGGUUGAUGAAUUCUUACCUAUCAUGUUUGAUAGACAUCCAGAGGAUGAUUGGCUAGAAAAGUAUGAACCUCGUGACCUGAAAGCCUUCUCAGUUGAUCCUCUCAUGGUCUCACCCACACAUUACACCGGUGAGAAGAACUACUUCAGCGACACUGAGACAUCAAGCAUAUGGGAGGAGGUUGAGAAGGGUAGGAACGGUAAACCGAGUGUGGCUCAGAAGAAUGAAACAACCACCGAAAGCAAGCUGCAGAAGGAUCAGACACCAAGCGAGGGGGUGAAGCAUUCAGAAAGCCGUAAAGAUACCCCUAAUGAAUUUAAUCAGAUUACUCCGGGGUCAGGCCAAAAUGGUAUGGACAAUGGACAAAAGCAUUCAGGUCGUGAUGAGUUAUGACACCAAUAAUCAGCACCCUCUAUGUCAGUGUAUUUAUAUUCAGCAACAGGUGGUCUUUUAUCAGCUGUUUUGUAAUGUACCAUGUUAUGUCUGCAUUGGAUACAGUAUGUAUCUUUAGACAGUCAUUCUUGUUUUCAUUUAACUUUUGAAUGAACUCAGUAACAUUUCACCUCGGCCUGUCAUCAUCCUUUUUCUACUUCUGUUGACAUAUAAAUAAUAGAUAUAUAAUUUUCCAAGUAUUAAUCAAAAUUUUCCCUCAAUUCCAUAAUGGAAGUUUAUUGAUAAGUUUUUUAAACAUUAAAGUCCAUAGCCAAUUAAACAUGAAUAAUUUUGUGCAUUUGAUUCUGAACUAAUGUUUUAAAAUCAAACCUCAUGAACUUUUAUAUACAAUGUACAUGUAAGUGCACUGAUAUUCAAACAUAUGCAAUAUUUUUAUGGAAAUGAAAUAUUGGAAAUAUGAACUGGAUGCAAUUUUUUCAAUUGAUUUUUUUGUUUAUGAACAACUACAAAAUAUAGAUAUAAAUAGAAAUCUUAAAUCACUACAAGUACCAUCCUGCAUCAUCACCACUGAAAUUCCCAGCUACAUCCUGGUGCCCUUUGAUAUCUUUGAUAGAAAACUUGUAUUGAAGACAUAACCGACCUGCAGUUGCUACAUAUAGGAAUGUUUUGCAGAUUGUUUUAUCAAGGAGUUCCCCACCUAACUAUUUGUAUUUCACCUUUUAAAUGAUCUAGUAUUGUCAUGUGCCACCUAAAAGUAUUUAAUUCUGUCAUAUCAGUGAUAUUAUAUGUAUUAGGUUCAAGUAGGGAAUUAUAUUCAAAUAUUAGAAUUAUCCAAAUUGGCCUUCUGCUUAUGAGAAACAGAAUGUCAUUUUCCACUCUUUAAAUACCUGUGGGUGUUUCAUAAAGCUGUUCGUAAGAUAAGAGCGACUUUAAGAUCGACUGGUGAUCCUUUCUUUUGGUAAACGGUAUACACCAUUGGCGAUGGUUUAGUGCGUAAGAAAGAUUCACUAGUCGUUCUUAAAGUCGCUCUUAACUUACGAACAGCUUUAUAAAACGGCCCCCUUGGUCCAAUAAUAUUCAUAAUAUUUAAAUCAUGAAGAAGCUAUGUAUCACAGGAAAUAAGUAUUAUUGUACAUAUUGAAGUUGAAGUCUUCAAAUUUAAGGCUCUAUUGGAGGAUAUUGGGGACUUGGACAGACUCUGCAACGGGCUUUCCAAUUCUCAUAUUGAAGAGCUAAUAGCAUGAGUGUUCCAAAUAGAAGUAUCGUUCAAAUACUUUUUCCAUGAACUUUCAAACUGGUUGAUUAUUAUUCAUUCCCCAGGCAUAGUUGCAAGGCCCAUAUAUAGAAAUGAUAUAGAUAAUAAUAUAGGAUGCUCAAGAUGCUCCUAUAAGUGAAAGUGAAGAAGUGACAUUGUUCAAAAUGGCAUUUUCUGUUUAUUAUUAAUGACUAUGAAUUUGACCUCGAUUUGGAGACAGAUGUAAAACAAAACAAAAAAAAGGCUGAGGAUAACUGGUGCUAUAGUUUGAAUAUGAUUUCAAUCAUUUUUUUUUUCCAUUGUGAAUGACAGUCUGUUAUACAAUGUCUGAAUGACCAUCCAUGAAUGUAAUACAUGUGCAUCUUUAGCAGUACAUACUGUGCAGUACUGUAUCUUAAAGCAAACAUUGUGUGUGCUAAUCUAUCUAUGCAUCUCAUCUUGUACAAAUAUGCAAACUUACUUACUCAUGCUGCGUGUAUCUCUCAAUAUAUUGCUCAUUUAUAAUAAAUGUAGACAAUGUUGAGUUAGAAUAGUUUCAGUGUGAGGCAUUUAAGUUGCCUGGAUGUAGUGGACAAAUCUUUGCAACAGUAGUUUAAAUCAAGCUACAUGUACAACUGUUUCCUUUACCUAAUAUCGAUCAGUUUUGUUAAUGCAUGUAGGAAACGCAACACUAUAUGCCCAACCUUGGUCACUGAUGUAUUGACAUAAUUCAUGACGCACACAAAAUACUUCCAAUAUCUGGCACGGAUAUUGGUGGCAUACAAUAAAUAUCUCUCUUUAUAUUUUAGAAAGGGGCAAAAUCACUAGUUUUAAGUUCCAUUAGCUUCCAUUCACUGCCAUAACCCAAUAUAAAAAUGCCAUUAUUUACAUCCCUCACUUUGACCAGUUGGCGUGCAGCUUAUUUUUAACUUGUGUAUACAAUAUAGAUGCCAUGCAUGUACUGCUGAUGGUAGAACUGUAUGUCUUUUGUCAACAGAGGGAGACAGAUAAACUUUAAAUAUGAAUUCAGAACUUGACUGUACAUUUACACAUUGCUUAUUAAUAGCUGUAAAUACUUUGUUAUAACAUAGAAUUGUAGUAUAGGAAACUUUUUAAAUCUGUCAUAGUGCAUUAUAUAUAUAGUGAUUGGUAGAUUCAAAACACAAAAGUAAUAUUCCUGCUUAUUUAACCAUUGCCUAUUGUGUUGCUUUAUAAAGUUUUCCUGAAGUUAAAUUUUACAAUUUUUUUAAUUAAAAAAAAUUAAAAGUGCUAUUCACUUGGGCAAACAUUUCCAAUUGAAUAUGUUUUCAUCACCAGAAUGAAUUAUGUAAGAUUUACUCAUCAGUGGGAUCUACAAUCACGAUAUUGAAAAUGACUUUUGUAUAAUCUUUUAGUGCUAUGUUUUAGAAUACAUACGCUGUAUUUUUUCAAAGUACAUUAAGUGAACUGUAGAAAGGAUAAAUAUAAAGCAGAGAAAAUGAUUAAUUUCAUUCCAAAGUGUUUCAAAAAAUGAUAUCGUUAGUUACAAAGGGCAUUAAGAAGUAUAUAAGAUUUUAAAAAAAAGUAUCAUGUUUGAGUAACUUUUCCUGUAAUGGUUUUAAACUCACCGACACACAAAUAAUGGCUUUUGAAAUUAAUAAUUUAUUAUGUAUGAUCUUUAUUUGACCCCUCUUUAAUCUGUUUCUGAUUGGAACAGGUUGUCCCUGUACAAAGUCUAUGGGAAUUACAGAAUUCAGUUGUCAAUUGGUUAAUAUAAACCAUUAUAGGCAGAGAGAGUGUCCUCUUAUGUGCCUUUUGUUAUUCCAAUCUUAAUGUAAAAUAUUUGUGUGCCUUAUUAUAUAGUUGAUGGUGAACAUGUUUUAUAGGUUGUAUUAUUACUAAGUGAAGUAACAGAUAAUAUUGUUUUAUAUAAAAUGUUUUGUAGAUAAAUGUGAAGUUCUCUAUUGAAAUAUCUUCUUUUUUUAUCAGGCCUGCGAAUCCUAGAUAUUUGUCAGAUUUAGUGAUAUUUUAAGCUCAAAUUAGAGGAUAAGAUACUUGAUAUUUUUCUUUUCUUUAUAGGUGCACCAUGCACAUUUAAACUGUCGUUUGGGACCUUUUUGUUAUUCCUUUAGGGCUGUAUUGAAUUGUUACCAUUUUAACAUCAGGAGAUUUUAUUUUAAAGCAAAUAAACUUAUUUUCCUUCUUUUCUUAUAUAAUUUAGAUUUUCACUCACAAAUUAAGGUGAUUUAUGUCACAAAGCAUUUGACAAGCAAAGAAGAAAAAAAAUUCCUCACUUUCAUUCGCCUGCCCAACAUUUUCCACUCAUAUACUCUGUAAGGCUCUCAAAAAAGGGGGGGGGGGCGCAGGCCUGAUGUUCGCACCCCCCCCCCCCCCCUCCACUUCAUUCGCCACUGGUAGUCCAAUCUGUUAGGUAUAACAAUCCUGGCAUGCCGCAAUUAUAUAUAAAAAAAUGUUUUUGAAUAAAAAUGGAGGUGGAUGUAUGAGGUUGGAAUACUUUUAGAAGUUACAUAUUUCACUAUAUAUUUGCCAUACUUGCCAUUGAAUAUCAAUCAUUCUUUCUAAUAUUCACACUAUUUUCAUUGUAUUUACUGUUUCAUGUCAUCCCAAUACAAUUGGGAAAUGUCACCCGCUAAUUGAUUACUCUGAAAAACACUCUCUUUUAAAACAUCUUCUGGCUCUAAGUAAAGAUUUGUCACAAACACAAAAAUUUUUGCCUGUUUUGGUAAGCUUUCACUUGCAUGCAUGGUAUCAGAAGAUGCAUGCUAUCUUCAUCAGAACUUUGUCAGGUGGCGUAGAUGUUGAUAUAGCGUGAUGUAGUAUACAAUUUGUGAUUGUAAAAUAGGAAUGCUUUCUUUAGUCAUCGCCCAAUUCAGAUAAACCUUUUAAGUGAUCUGACACUUUGGAGAGCAAUCGUUUAUUUUACUAACUUUUGUUUUUUUGUGUCAUAUUUUUUCAUAACCAUACUAGACUGACAUGUAGGUGUAUGUAGGAAUUAGUUUUGUGUAUUGAUAUCUGGUUUUAUUCACAUUCUUUAAAAAAAGUGUUCUUUUUGCGUGGGCCAGUUAUGGAGAAGACAGAAGUCUACCUUUGUCCCCCCAAAAAAUUAUAUCAUAUUUGCUUGUAUCAUUGUAGAAUUUCAAUGUGGAAACUUUAAAAAUGUUGUGCAACUUCCCUUCAACUUGGGAAAGCUGUUAUGGUGCUACUUUUUUGAUGAUUUUAAUUGUGAAUUAACAUUUCUGAAAAAGGAUUUUUAAUCAGUCCUUCAAUCAUAAUUUAUUAAUCUUUAUUUGUUAUGUAUUUCUUUAUUUGCUGCAAUGUACUUUGUCAGUAAAUAUUUGAUUCAUCAUUCACCGUUUUGAAUAGAAAUGUGGACUAAUGUUUGAUGUAUGAUUUAUUACUACAAUGUGACAGACACAGUGUAACAGUUUUCAUAAUAUGCGAAAACUUUUUAGAUUUUUUAGAUAUCUUAUUAAAAUGUGUGCUACUUUGAGUAA